AUGUACCCCAUUAUCAUAGUGGAUGUGCCUCGAAUUCCAAAAUUUUCCAAUCCAACUCUUGACUCCUACAUAACCGCGUUAGAAAUUAAGAAGAGCAUAGCAAAAUGUAAAGAAGGAAAGGCCUCUGGCACCGAUCUUGUCAAUUACAGUUUUUAUAAAAGGUUUCCUGAAAAUUGGCUACACUAUCUUGAGAUUCUAUUUAAUCGUAUCAUGACCACUGAAAUAAUGCCUAGCUCUUGGGGUCAUCUAACAAUGUCCAUGUUAUUUAAGAAAGGAGACAUACAUGACCCUUCUAAUUAUAGGCCCAUAACACUGAUUCGUGUUAGCUAUCCCAAUAGUUCAGUAUAUGUUGCUUUCAUAGACUUUAAAGGUGCAUUUGACUCUGUUUGUCACGGAAUGUUGUGGCAGAGACUUCAUGAGCUGGGCAUAAGCACAAAGAUGAUUAACAAUAUACCCAAUUUUUAUGAAUCUGCAUCUGUCUGCAUCAAAGCCGGUGGUGACACGACGUCUUCUGCCAAAGUCACACGAGGCGUCAUGCAGGGAGAGGUUCUUAGUUCUCUUCAAUUCAUACUUUUCAUAAGUGACUUUAGCGAUUUUCUCUUAAAUCAAGGAUGCAGAGACCUUUCCAUCGAUAGCAAAACAGAAGUACAAACACUUGAUUAUGCAGAUGACAUCUGA